AUGAGUCAGUGCACAGAAGACACGAGAACAAUUCGUUAAUUUAAAGAGUCAUUAAAAAACGAUUCCUCCACGAACGAAACACAACUAGUGCUGUGAGUAAACUUCAUCCGUCUAGCGCUUCGCUGAUUAGUGACUGGCAUUACCUUAAUCUAAGAAACACGCCCGUAAGAAGAUCAGACGACAACCCUGAUAACGAAACCACAACAUGCGAAUUAUCCACUAUUAUAGGCUACGCCUUAAAGUCCUAAGUCUUGAUGGGUGUAAGGAUGCUGCUACACGUUGUCAAUAAUCAAUGAAGCGUUUGAAUGAUCUCCUGUCCUCGUCUCCUCCCCUCAGACGCGCUGCGCAUCAUCCAGCGCUCGCGCUCCCUCACUCCAGCACUCGCGCUUCCCAAGAGCGCGUCUUAUCUGAGCUCAGCGGACGCGUCAUUUAACGCCAACAUCUCGGUCAUUCAUCUUUGGCAGAGCGAGACAAACGCAGGCGAGAGGAGGAGAGGAAUACGCACACUUCACGUAGACAGAAACGCGAGACAAGGUCGACGCGGGCGCGUGUGUUUUGCGCUCUCUCCGCGCGUUGGAUUGUAAGGGUCUUAAAUCUGGAGGCGAGGACCCAGGGAUGAGCCUGCUGUCGGGGGGCUUCGGCAUGGCGGGCUGGGGCUUCGGUUGGGCUCUGCUGCUGCUGCUCGCGCUCUGGAGGCCCGGUGCCGCUUGUCCGGAGCUCUGCACGUGCACCGGCGCGCGGAUCUCGUGCGUGGAUGCGGAGCGCAGCAUUAUGGCUUUUCCCAUGCUACAGUCCGAGGCAGAGAUGGAGAACAUCACAGACAUAUACAUUGCAAAUCAAAGCAGCUUCAAAUCCAUUAAUGAAAAAGAUCUCGACUCGUAUCACAACCUCAGAAAUUUAACUGUAACAAACACGAGGCUGGCGUAUAUUUCAAGGCAGGCCUUUCAGAGCAACCCGAAACUACAAUAUCUGAAUCUCAAAGAGAAUAAUUUGUCCAAUCUAUCCUGGAGGACGUUUCGUCAUUUAAACAUUUCAUACCUGUUGCUGGCUGGCAAUCCUUUGCAGUGCAUAUGUGAAAACGUGUGGCUGAAGCAGUGGAGAGGAGAGGAGGCCGAGGACCUGCUGUGUGUGGAGGAGGGAGGAAUGAGGAUAGCGCUGUCUACGCUCACACUGCCUAACUGUGUUCUCCCCACUGUGACUCUGAAACCCACUAAAGUGACCAUGCAGAAAGGGUUAAAUGUGACGCUGAUGUGCAACACCUCAGGAACGCCCACACCUACUCUGAACUGGACCACCUGCAAAUUAAAUUCAACGUACGAGCACGAGCGCUCAGGUCAGAUGUCAGAGCUCAGACUCGUGAAUGUCUCUUCCCUGGACAACGGAUGCAAAAUCACCUGCAGGUCUGAGAACAUGGUGGGAGAGGCUGAGGCCUCUGUGGAUCUGGACAUACUGUUUCAACCUGCAAUCAGCAAGCUGAUGGAUGCAGUCUCAGACCACCACUGGUGCAUUCCCUUCAGCGUGUCAGGCAACCCAGAGCCUAAACUGAGCUGGUUAUUAAACGGCAAACCCGUGGAGGAGGGCCCCUUUAUCCGCACCAUGAUCCACGAUUACUCAGAGGGCGAGUACCACGGGUGCUUACACCUGGAUAGUCCCACACACAUCAACAAUGGAAAAUACACACUGCUGGCCAGUAAUAGAUAUGGAGAGGACCGCAAGGCAGUAUUUGCGCAUUUCAUGCACGAGCCUUGGAAUGAAUCAGUUACUGAUCCGCUGUAUUAUGAUCCCACUACAGAUGACACUCCUCUUGGACAGCCAGAGGACAAAGUCGCUGUGUACGUGGUCGUGGGAAUUGCGGCGGUCACAUUCACAGGCUUCAUCUUGAUGCUCGUCAUUCUGAAAUUUGGACGCAACUCAAAGUUUGGAAUCAAAGGUCCUUCCUCAGUCAUCAGUAAUGACGAUGACUCUGCCAGUCCUCUUCAUCAUGUGUCCAACGGCUCUAAUACACCCUCGUCCUCUGACAUGAACGCGGACGCCGUCAUCAUUGGCAUGACCAAGAUUCCCGUCAUAGAGAACCCGCAGUACUUCCGCAGCACCAACAGUCUGCUCAAAUCUGAUACAUUUGUUCAGCACAUUAAGAGGCAUAACAUUGUACUGAAAAGGGAACUUGGAGAAGGAGCGUUUGGGAAAGUGUUUCUGGCCGAAUGCUACAACCUGUCCACAGACCAGGAGAAGAUCUUAGUGGCUGUUAAGACUUUGAAAGAGGCCAGUGAGAAUGCCAGGAAGGACUUCCAUCGUGAGGCAGAGUUGUUGACCAAUCUGCAGCAUGAACACAUCGUCACAUUCUACGGCGUGUGUGUGGAGAGCGAUCCCCUUAUUAUGGUGUUUGAGUACAUGAAACACGGUGACCUCAACAAGUUCCUUAGGGCUCAUGGUCCUGAUGCAGUCCUGAUGGCUGAUGGACAGGUGCAGCAGCAGGCAGAGCUCACUCAGUCUCAGAUGCUGCAUAUUGCGCAACAGAUCGCCGCAGGCAUGGUGUAUCUGGCUUCCCAGCACUUUGUUCACAGAGACCUGGCCACACGAAACUGCCUAGUCGGGGAGAAUCUCCUUGUGAAGAUCGGAGACUUUGGGAUGUCCCGAGACGUCUACAGUACGGAUUACUAUAGGGUUGGAGGUCAUACCAUGCUGCCAAUCCGUUGGAUGCCACCAGAAAGUAUCAUGUAUAGAAAGUUCACCACGGAGAGUGAUGUCUGGAGUUUGGGAGUGGUGCUGUGGGAGAUCUUUACCUACGGGAAACAGCCCUGGUAUCAGCUGUCAAAUAAUGAGGUGAUUGAGUGUAUCACCCAAGGUCGUGUACUGCAGCGACCCCGGACCUGUCCAAAGGAGGUGUAUGACUUGAUGCUGGGAUGCUGGCAGAGAGAACCACACGCCCGACUCAACAUUAAAGAGAUUCAUAACCUACUCCUCAACCUGGCCAAGGCAUCACCAGUGUAUCUGGACAUCCUGGGAUAAGAGAGCUCGUGCCGCGUGUGGGACUGCGAGUGGAUUCCUGAAACUGCCCCCUCCUCUAUCCCACCCAAAAUCGCUUUCUUCUACAGCUUUAACAUCUCCUUCCUUGUCCACCUCCUCGUCAACUGCACCUCUUCUCAAUAUAAAAUGGAAAUGGGAUCUUGUCCAUGUACAAUGACUACGAAUGAUGUAUUUCUGAAUAAAAAUGGAUUGAGUGGAAAGAGCCACAUUGAAGUGACUAUAGUUUAGUUACCAAGAACCAAAUUUCCAACCAUCCUCAACAUCUGGAGCAAGUUCACACCUGUAAAUUCCAAUUUGGGAAAAAUGUAUUCGGGACUUGAGGAAGGGUGUCCCUCUUAACAACAAAGUGGAAACAGCAGCUCCACAAACAAUGACCAAACACAAAUAAACAGCUUUUCUCCCCAUCAGAUGGAUUUGGUCCUGUCGGCUCCCACCUGUUUAAUUCUAAAUCCGAUACAAAGCACAGAACCUGAAAUUAGCAUGUUGAUCAACAGUGAGAAACUGCGACUAUAUCUAUACGUAUUCAUGUGUGUUUAUAGAACUGGACGUUACCAACGUAGUUUCAUGGUUGAGCGACUCUAAUUAAAAGCUUCUGGAUGCUGACAGGAUGUUGUUGCUGCCGAACUCAUCUGAAAUGGAGAAGUAACUCACUAAAAUGUGUCUGGAUCAUAGGCGUUAUUUAAAGUGGGACCCGUCCCCACCACUUUCGCCAUGGCCAAUUUUGUCCCUCCAUUUCCACCAAUUUUGUCCUACCACUUUAUGAAAUGGCUUGCAGCAGGGUCAUGACAAGUUCAGUGGACGCAUCUCCAAUUGUCAAGCAAGGGUUUUCAUUUUGCUAGUAUGAGUAGAGAUCUGGUGAUUGAAUUAUUUAUGAUGUAUGAUUUUUGGACAUUUCUACACAUAAUGUCACAUUUGACUUUUGACUUGAGCAGAUACUCUACUACUGACCCGAUUUCCAUAUCAAUGCUUCAUAUUUAUAAGAUCAAGUUCAAUUAUUUGUGCAUAACCUUAUUAAUAUUCAUAAGCUAAGCCUUCACCCUUUUGUGACGUCACAACCAGCGUGUCUGUUUUCUGCACCUGUGUCCACCACAAAAUCAACACCCAUUGCCUCCAGGUUGUAGACGCUGUUCGCUAUUGAGGGCUAGAUGGAAUCAUUUGAGACGAUGCCGUGCCUCAGUACCGUCAGCUUGCUUUUCUUACAGGAGCUUAAUUAUGCAGAGUGCCCGAUUAUGAUGGUGCGGGCUAAAUUACGACCUUUCUUUCUCUCUUUCUCGUUCGCCAUGUUUUACUACUGAGUGGACGCACUAAUGUAGUACUCAAGCUUCGGGUUGUACAACUGCUAUAGUGUAAUAUAUAUUUCAUUACAAGACAAAUGUCUCCUAUUAGCAGCAACUCCCUCUAGACUCAUAUGCGCUAUCAGUGGGGAAAAGAGGAGAGACGGGAGGGGACAGGAUGGAGAGAAUGAGACGAGGGGAGGAAAAUAAUGUUAAACAGAGAUAAACAUGAGUCACCUCACUUUAAAACCCACAUUUCUUCUUCCUUUUAUCGUACAUAAAUGAUUAUAUCUAUUUAUCACUAUAGAGAUCCUAUCCCAGCAUCCUUUUUGUUUGUGUUCAUUAUUGCACCGUCAGUCCCUUCUCCCAUGGGAGACUUUGCACACUAGACUCAAUGCCGUGAAUUUGUCAGCAAAAAUCUUCCAAUCAAUUCAGUUUUUGAGCAGAAAAUCCCAAAAAUCGUUUAAGUUUGGAGUUAAUUAAUUAAUUAAUUUAUUUAUUUUUUGGAAUAAGAAUUGUAAUCUUUAAGAUAUGUAACUUAUGACUUAAUAUUUUAUUUAUUUUGUACUUAAUGUGAAGCAUUUUUGUUUUUGACUUUUGCCUGUAAAUGAUUUUAUGUAAAAAUAAUUAUUCUUAUAUUUUUUUCAUAUUGCUUGGGAGUGAAUAUAGAGGUGGUUUCUGGGUUGAUGGAAUGGGAUGUAUUAAUGGGAGAAAAAAAAGACAGAAAGAUUACAUAUUUUGGAUGAACAAUGAGAAAACUCCAGGUUAGAUGUUCAGGUUACAUUCACAAUAAAGAAGCCUAAUUCCGAAUUGCGGCCAUUUUUUCAUGAUCAUUAAGAACAUUUUCUCCACAAAUUCUCUUUGACAAUGUAUUUUCCUUUUUUUGUGAAAUUUCCAUUAUUCUCAAUGGUAAUUCUCAUUACUGUAAUAGUCAUUUUUACUGUAGAACAAUGUCUUUAUUUAAAUUUGCAUCAUUUAAUUUGCACAAUAUUUUACCAUUUGAAUGUCAUUACUUUUUUCUCAUUACAGUGAUAGCUAGGAUUUUUUUAUGUUAUAUGGCAAUGGGGUAAAAUGUGCUUAAUUGUCAUGAAAAUAAUGCAAAAAUGCAAUUCCUUUGUUUUUCAAUGUUUUCAUCGUGAAACAGAUGGAAAAUAUUGUUUGAGAUACAAAUAUGAGUUUCCGUGUUUCAGAUUAGUCUUGCCUUACACAAAAAUCUCCGAUUGUCCUGCGACAGAACAAUAAACUGUGACUGCAUAUCAAACACCUUCCUCUACAUGUACAGAACUUCUUCUGAUGUUUCAGAAUGUCUAUAAGCUAAACUACCUUAAACAUUAUUACACACAUACAGUAUAUCAUUGUGUGACACUGAAACAACUUGCCUUUUCUGUUGACACCACCAGUCACCAAUUUAUAUUAGUAAAAUGGCUUUCAAAGGCUGUUUCAUGUUGACUUCAAGUCCAAAACUGGGAUACUUCCUCCCUUUUCUUAAUACUUUUUAACAUAAGCCUAUUGACACCUGGAAAGAAGAUUUCUGCAGAGUAUCAAGUAGUGUGAUAAUUUCAUUUAUGGAAUUAUGUUAUACGUUCAGUUACAAAAGUACAAUCAGAUGUCCUCGUCUGUAUGAAAUAUAUGGACCAGUCAAGUUGUCCGCCAUUGUAUUUAAUAAAAGUGUAAUGUCUUACCUCAUAAUGA